UUGGGUAGGCUGUGGAAAUCCAAGCCUUGGCCUGACUGAAAUGAUGUGGCCAGGAUUAGGCACCUCACUUGGUCAGCACCCUUAUUCUGGGUGAACUUGAGUUCACCCAGAAAUCAAGCCUAGCCUCAUAGGAGUAAGACAGUCGUUGAAUGUUUGCUGUCCCUCUGCGCAGCGUUCAGCGUCAACCCAGCAAGAUGCUGUAGGUUUCAGGCUGAAGACCCUUCUGGCCUAAUGUUUGGAGGGAAAACUCUGGGAGGCCUCCCACGGCUGAUCCGUAGACAUAAGCCUGAAUUUUAUGUCUCUGUAGUCAAGUCCAAAGUCCCCUCCACGUGGCUGGGAAGGACAAGCAGUUUAAGCCGCACCCCUGCUUUGACGGAAUAGGUCAAGGGUUUACUGAGUGUGCAGUUCCCCUCUGCCUGCAGCACCCCCCCGCCUUGUACCCUCUGGGCUUCCCCUUCUCAGACCUCAGGUCAGAUAUCUCCUCCCCUGAGAACCUUCCCGAAUUCCUCUGAAGCCCAGUCGGGUCCCCUGGGAUGGCCACAGAUUGUUGGUCCGCAUGGCACUCACGACAAUCGCAGCUUGACAUUUGUGCCCUCCUUUUAUCAAAGUUUGUCCCCCAUCAAGGCAGCACCAGGUCAGUUUGCUCCCAGCAGUGUCCCCAGCUCCUAGCACACGGCCUGGUGCGUUAGGCUCCCAGUAAGUAUUCGAGGAGGAGCUGCCCCAACUCUUCCCAGCACCCCCAACACCAUCAGAGCAAAAGUCUGGCUUUCUUAGGAGCUGUUUUGCUUAGGUUUGUCCUUUUUUAAAAAAAAAAUUGGUCAUGUUGUUUUAUCAUCAUACAUCCUAGAUUCAGCCUUGAAGACUAGCAUUAGCAAAAGGCUCAAGGCUUAAUUACCACAUGUUGAAGGUAGUGUCUUCUUCUGACGGCUCUUGUAUAACUUUAACUUGCUAACUUUACAAAGUAUUUCUGUGCUUUGCUGACAACAAUCCACACUGAAAAGUAACUAAGUGUAUGUAAAGGAGAUGAGAUAAAAUUAUGGAGCGUUUCUGCGUGUCUGGAUUCAUGCUUAUCUCCUUUGGGAAUGGAGUCAUCUCUGUUUUCAAGAAACAUUUUGCACCCUAAUCUGAACGCUCUAACCGCCCCCCCCCCCUCCCCGCUGAACACACAAUGCACAUUGCUGGCGAUGGUGGAGGGUUGAUGAGGUGUUGGGAAACAAGAUGGCCACCUGACUUCCCACAGUCAUGGUAGAGAGCUCGUGUGGGACCCUCCCUCCCUCUCCGUUCUCUCCUUACUGCCCAGCUCACCCCUCAGAUGGCAGACGAUCAGGGCUGUGGCGUGGAGCAAGCAGCUGGGGACUCAGCAAGCAGAGAUGCAGUUGAUGCUAAGCCAGACCGGUCUUCCUUUGUGCCAUCACUCUUCAGUAAGAAGAAGAAAAAUGGCUCGGGAAGAUCAGUCACGACCACCCAGGACCAAGUGCCUGCAUAUCAGUAUAACAUGAAUUUUGAGAAGGUGGGCAAAUGCAUCAUAAUAAACAACAAGAACUUUGACAAAAAGACAGGCAUGGGCGUCCGAAACGGAACAGACAAAGAUGCCGAGGCUCUUUUCAAGUGCUUCAGAAACCUGGGUUUUGACGUGGUCGUCUACAAUGACUGCUCUUGUGCCAAAAUGCAAGAUCUGCUGAAACAAGCCUCUGAAGAGGACCACAGAAAUUCGGCUUGUUUUGCCUGCAUCUUACUAAGCCACGGAGAAGAAAAUUUAAUUUAUGGAACAGACGGCGUGACAGCGAUAAAGGACUUGACAGCCCAUUUUAGGGGGGACAGAUGCAAAACUCUUCUAGAGAAACCCAAACUCUUCUUCAUUCAGGCUUGCCGGGGGACCGAGCUCGAUGACGGGGUCCAGGCUGACUCGGGGCCUAUCAAUGACACAGAUGCCAAUCCCCGAUACAAGAUCCCCGUUGAAGCCGACUUUCUCUUCGCCUAUUCUACGGUCCCAGGCUAUUACUCAUGGAGGAACCCGGGCAGCGGGUCCUGGUUUGUGCAGGCCCUGUGCUCCAUCCUGAACGAGCAUGGCAAGAGCCUGGAGAUCCUACAUAUCCUCACCAGGGUGAACAACAGGGUGGCCAGGAACUUUGAGUCCCAGUCUGAUGACCCCUGCUUCCACGAGAAGAAGCAGAUCCCAUGUGUGGUCUCUAUGCUCACCAAGGAACUCUACUUCUGAAAAUAACCAUCCCAGGGAUGCAUUCUAGCCGAAAAGCUACGGAUCAUUCGUUCAUGAGUCUUUUUUUUUUUUUUUUUUUUUUUUUUUUUU